GAUGAGUAUGACAAACCAUCUAUGAAAACCACGGUUCCUGGACCCAGAUCUAAGGAAUUACUCGGCAAAUUUGAAAACAUUACCAAGAAUGUUGAACAUGUAUUAUUUUUUGGUAAUUAUAAGAAAAGUAAAGGGAAUUACUUAGUUGAUGCUGAUGGUAAUCGAAUGUUGGAUGUGUUUACACAAGUAGCAUCUGUACCAAUAGGUUAUAAUCAUCCAGCUCUAGUUGAAGCUAUCCAGGAUCCGGGUAACCUGAGUGUUUUUGUCAACAGACCAGCUUUAGGAGUACACCCUAAUGAGGAUUUCCCUGAACGACUUCAAAAUGCUUUGAUUUCAGUUGCUCCACCCGGAUUGGAAAGGGUACAGACAAUGGCAUGUGGUGCUUGUUCUGUGGAAAAUGCCAUGAAACAUGCAUUUAUAUGGAAAAGAAAGCAAGAUCGUAAUGGAUUACAACCGACUGCUGAAGACUUGGAUUCAUGUCUUCGUAAUGAGAGUCCUGGAAGUCCACCAUAUACUAUAUUGUCAUUUGUUGGUGCAUUUCAUGGUAGAAGUUGUGGUGCCCUUUCUUGCUCACAUUCUAAGGCUGUUCAUAAAGUAGAUAUCGCUGCAUUUGAUUGGCCAAUUGCUCCAUUCCCACAAUUGAAAUAUCCACUUGAGCGCUAUGAACAAGAGAAUAGGGCCAAUGAACUGAGAUGUUUGGAUGAGGUUGUCAAAUUAAUUACGGAUUACAAUAGCAGAGGACGUAAAGUGGCUGGUUUGAUAAUUGAACCAAUACAAGCAGAGGGCGGAGAUAACCAUGCAACUAAGUUCUUUUUUCAAAAAUUAAGGGAAAUCUGUGACCAGUUCAAGGUAGCUUUCAUAGUGGAUGAGGUACAGACUGGUUGUGCAGCAAGUGGUAAAUUCUGGGCCCAUGAACUAUGGGAGUUACCCUCACCACCGGAUAUUGUAUGUUUUAGUAAGAAGAUGUUGACUGGUGGUUAUUACUUUAAAGAUGAAUUUAUUGUUCAAGGAGCACAUCGUAUUUUUAAUACCUGGAUGGGAGAUCCAAGUAAAAUAAUAUUGCUGGAGAAAGUUGUUGAAGUUAUUCAGAAUAAUGAUUUAGUACAGAAUGUUAAAGAAACUGGUGACUACCUUCUACACAAACUUGAAGGUUUACAGGAUAAAUGUCCUAGUAUGUUCAGUAAUGCCAGAGGUGCUGGCACGUUUUGUGCAAUUGAUGUCAGAGAUGGUGCCACUUUACUGGAGAUAGUAGAAAAAAUGAGGAAUAAAGGUGUUAAUGUCGGUUGUUGUGGAGUGAGAACUAUUCGAUUCAGACCAACACUGGUUUUCCAAAAACACCACGCUGAUAUUAUGUUUGAGACAUUUGAUGAAGUACUGGAAGAAAUGAAAAUGUGA